GGGUCACGUGUUGUUUUCGCCGCGCCGCUUUCCCUACCCCCGCUCUAGUCUGUCUGUGGUGAAUGUGUACGGCGAAGAGAGGAGCCGUUGUGCUGUCCGCACCGGGGAGACGAAGAUUCCCGGCGCUUAGCCAGACGCCAUGCGUAUCCUCUGAGGUCCCCCCUUUGAGGCUGUAGACCGCGGUGAGAAUUUAAUUCAUCGGCCGAGGGAGGGAAGGACGCCGGCUGCUGCGGCUCUGCCCGGGAAGCACAGCAGAGAGGCCAGCCCUCGGGGCUCCCCAUCUCCCUCCAUGGCGGGCGUCCUCCAUGCUGAAGAGGACAGAGCCGGCAGGUCAGUCAUGAAGCCCUUGCCUCCGUCUCCCCCCCAGCAGUGCUUGGAGGAGAGCGGCUACCGGCGUCUGCCCCAGGUACAGGAGGAGUGUGUGUCUGGAGCAGCUCAGCCCGGCGAGGAGGACGUGAUGAAGCGUGGCUACCUGAGGAAGCAGAAGCACGGCCACAAACGCUACUUCGUGCUGCGGGCUCACAGCCACCUGGGGCCCGCCCGGCUAGAGUACUACGACAACGAGAAGAAAUUCCGGAGCGUGCUGCAGAGACCCGGCCCCCCCAAGAGGGUCAUCUUCCUGUCCCAAUGCUUCACGGUCAGCCGCCGGGCUGAUGCCAAGAACAAGCACCUGCUGGCCCUGUACACCAAGGACGAGUACUUUGCCAUGGUGGCAGACAGUGAGCAGGAGCAGGACUCCUGGUACCAGGCCCUCAGCGAGCUCAUCAAUGAGAACAAGAAGUCCUGCCUGGCAGAUGCUGAGGACGACGAGCUGGAGGAGAGCUAUGGAGGCUUCCGAGCCGGUACCGUCUUCAAGGAGGUCUGGCAGGUGAACGUCAAACCUCGGGGGCUGGGCCAGACUAAGAACCUGUCUGGGGUGUACCGGCUGUGCCUGUCCAACAAGGCCGUGCACCUGGUCAAGCUCAACUCGGACGUGGCCUGCGUCCACCUGAUGCUCAUGAACAUCCGAAGGUGCGGCCACUCGGAGAACUACUUCUUCAUCGAGGUGGGCCGGUCGUCCUCCACCGGGGCCGGCGAACUGUGGAUGCAGGUGGACGACUGCGUGGUAGCCCAGAAUAUGCACGAGACUUUUCUGGAGACGAUGAAAGCCUUAAAGGCGUACUCUGAGUUCAGGCCAAGGAGCAAGAGCCAGUCCUCGGGCACCAACCCUAUUUCUUUUAUCACCACCAGACGGUACUUGGGCAACCUGCCCCCCAGCCAGACGGGCCUGCAGAGAAGGUCAAGGACUGAAAGCAUUGCAGGUACUCCUAUAUCCAAGAGCAACUCUUACCGCUUUAGAACCUCCAGCGAGGGCGAAGGUACGAUGACUAGGCCAUUCAGGUCGGUGACUGGCAGCUUGAUCCAUUUAAACACUGCACGGAUAAACCUGAAUAAACAGGAAGGUACGGGGAGAUACGUCAGGGCACCCUUUAAUUCUGGUUACCACUCAAGAUCAGCCUCUCUACCAGUUUCCCAUUUUCCUUCAGCUACAAGCCCAAUCAAUGUGUGUUCAAGUAGUGGCCCUGGGUCUGAUACUCUGACCAGACCCUCCAGUUCUUCUGUGUGUGGAUCUCCUAGUGACGGUGGCUUUAUUUCAUCUGAUGAGUAUGGUUCAAGUCCUGGUGACCUCAGGUACUUUCGCGUGCGGAGUAAUACUCCAGACUCGCUUGGUAACACCCCACCGAUUCAAGAAGAAAACACCCUAAGCGAUUACAUGUCAAUGAGCAUGAAAAGCCACCCAGGUGGUCAGGAUGAUUAUGUUGAAGCUGACAAAAGUUUUAGAAAAAGAACAUACUCCCUGACUAAGCCCACCAACGUCACAUUACAACAAAAGUCCCAUGCUGCUGUUUCAUUAGAUGAAGAUUCUGAAGAGAAGCAGUUUGCCUACUCUGAAUCACCAAAGUUAAAAGACAGCAAUCGCUCAGAGGAUUACAGUAAUGGCCUCAUUGAUUCUGUUUGUAACCAAAGUGGGAGUAAAGCCAAGGAUGAUGGCUACAUGCCAAUGAUGCCUUCAGUUUCAUAUGACAGUGACUAUUUGCCAAUGGCACCUAAAAGUGUUUCUGCACCAAAACAAAUCAUUUCAAGGUGCCCUUCUCAGGUGGAUUCAAAAGGGUAUAUGAUGAUGUCUCCAGUUGCCAGUUCACCUGUCAGAAAUACAUUAACAGCAAAUGCCUCUAAAGGUAGUCAAGAGAAAGUCACCAAUGGUGAGUACAUGGACAUGUCUUAUGGAAGCUCUUUAAAAAAAACUAGUGACUCUAAUUUAAAUAACUCCCGGGGGUUCAGUUCUUAUUUUUCUCUACCCAGAAGCUUUAAAAGUUCAUCAAAACAUUGCAAUGAUCACAAUGAGUAUGUUCCUAUGUCUUCUCCAGGAACAUUACUGCACAUGGGUGAAGAAAAUAUUAGUGACGUUUGUAAGAAUGGCGUUGUCAAUGGCAUGUCAAAGACUGAUUUGAAAUCUUCCAGUGAGAUAUUAGAUCAUCAAGUUAGGGCUGCAAGGCCAACUAAACUUACCCUUGCCAUGAGAGGGAGCAAUACAAUACCAAGGAUGUUUGAUCACUCUACUUCAGCUGAACCAACAAGUCCUGGUGAAUAUAUAAAUAUUGAUUUCAGUGAUAAAGCAAGUAGUACUCCAUAUUCUCUUUCUGCAGAUGGCUCCCCAUCUUCUUUGGGCUCAAGUUGUGAUCAGAGACAGUCACCCUUGUCUGAUUACAUGAGUGUAGACAUUGAUGUGCAGUCUCCGAAAGCCACAGCUGAAUUUUCUAACUCUUUAACAGACGUUUCACCUUAUGCAUGCCCUAGUAUUUCCAGAGUUCAGCCCAGUGCAGAAUAUGCCAAGCUAACAUGCGGUACAGCUUGUGUCACUACCACAAAUAAUAGGAAUGAUGAUUACACCACCAUGACAUUUAAUAUGCCAAUGACUCCCCCAAGGCCUUUUCCUAAUGAAACUGAAAAUGGUACAAAGUUGGAUAGCCCAUCUAUUGUAAAUCGCCUGUGCAUUGGGGAUAUGUCCUCUUUUAAAAGUGGUUUUCCCCUUGUCCUCAACCCUAAGACUGAAACUGUAGUUGGCCCUAAAGUUAUCCGUGCUGAUCCACAGGGAAGACGGAGACACAGCUCUGAAACUUUCUCCUCUACCAGCACAGUGACAACAACUUCCUCUUGCUUUACUGAAAGUGGCAAAAGGCAUAGUUCUGCCUCAUUUGACAACGUUUGGCUGAAACCUGAUGAAAACAGUUGUGAUCACGAGAAAAAAAUGUCUAGAAACUGCUCUACAGGUUUUCAGCACGGUCUAAAUUACAUAGCUUUGAGUAUGCACGAUGGUGUCUGUGAGCCUGCAUCGCCAGUUUGCAGUCAGCACCAGAAUGGAAGCAGAAAUUUGGAAACCGGAGCUUAUGUCAGCAUCGAUUUCUCCAGGUCUGACUGCCUGAAGUGUUCUGCCUUCAGAAAAGACUGAGUGCAUUACCAUGGAAACCAUAGAGAAGACUGUGUCACCCCAGCCUCUUUGCUGUAAAACAGAAUGAGGUGACUUGGGAAGACAGAAUGCAGAGAGAUAAUGUGUGACGCCGUGUUGAAUUUCCGAUGGACGCAUACUUGCUUUCCCACACAGAUUAAAUGUACAGCCAUUUAAAGCUUAUAUUGAUGUGCUGGCAAAGGAAGCUUAUUUUUUUCAGUAUACUUAUUUUUGUGAGGAAAAAGAUGGCAUAUUUUACAAAUUGCAUAUGGGAGAUUGCUGUGUUUUUUCAGGAAGCAGCUCUGACUUGUAAAAUGGUCCAGAACUGGCUUCCAUAAUGCACUUGUGCCAUUUUACUUCCCAGACCUGCCCCUUAAGUAUUUUCAUUAUGUGCUGCUGUAGCACCUGGGAGAGCGUAACGCUAUGCUUUAAGAACAUUUCCUAAAGUGUAGCGAAUUUCAGUUUAUAAAUAUAUAUGGGUUCUAAUUUUUGGGUACAAAUGAUACUAUAAAAUAUGUAAAACUAAGAAGUAUUUGGGGUUUUUCUUCCCCAAAGUCUACGUAUUUUACUUGAUCUAUAUUAUGAAAAGACGUCUCAUUUAAUGAACAAAGAUACAUUUUCUAUGGUACAUGAAGUUGUUGUUUUUUUAAUCCCCUCUAAAACAAUUUUUUUGUGAAUUCUGUGC